AUGGCUUCCAAGAGGUAUGCCUUCGUCGCAAUGGACGACGACAACGAGGUUGGUCCACAGAAAGUCCAAAAGAAAAAGAAGGACCGGUCCGACAAGCAUUCUUCGCGACACUCGAGGUCGCACCGGCGCAGUCGCAGUCGAUCGCGCUCGCCCAAGCGCGAAUCGCGGCACUAUAGCAGUAGAUCGAAAACGAGCAGUCGUCGUGACGAAAGAGACUACGACGACCGAUGGGCCGACGAGGAACCGUUUCCGGAGGACGAGGAGGAGCCCGAGUUCCAAGAAUCCGCAUCGAAGCGCGUGAAGCUUAGUCGCGACGAUGGCGAUCGCGGCAGCGGAGGCGAUGACAAGAUAGACGAUGCUGAUUUGUCAGAAGGAGCAAGGGAAGAGCUUGAAGCGCAGCGCGAUCGUGCCGAGAGGGAGGCUUUCGCAAACCGCUUGAAGGCGAAAGACGAUGAUCGCUCCAAGAAGAAGAUCACAGAGGAUCAUUUGUCAGCUCAGCGGAGAUCUCUGGCAGACGACUCGAAGGCGCGAAAUGAAGCUCUUCCGGACCUGCGCGACCGCUCUCGGCAAGAGUACCUGAAGAAGCGAGAGGCAGAACGGCUCGCCCUGCUGCGGAAACAGGUCGCUGAGGAGACUGCCGAGCUGCGGAGCGGUGUGAGACUCUCUGAAAAGGAGAAGGCCGAGUUCGCAAAGAACCGCGAGAUUUUGCGCCUGGCCGAGGAGAGGCUCAGGAUAGACGAUCACAGAGAUGGGUACUAUAUGCCUGAGGAUUAUAUCACUGAGAAGGGCAAAAUCGACCGGCGCAAGAAAGAAGAUGCGCUUUAUAAGCGGUAUGUUGAGAAGGACGAGUACGGACAGGAGAAAUUCACCACGGAACAUGAGGAGUGGGAGAGGGAGCAAGCAGCCAAGGCCAAGGCGCAGAUACAGCGCGCCGAGAAGGAGAACGAGGGCGAGUAUGAUUAUGUCAUGGAUCAGGAGCAGUACAUCCAAUGGAAUCUGGAUACUCGGAUGCCGGCUGAAGGCAAGGGCAUGACGAAGGAACAGCUAUUUCUCCAAGCCCAAAUCGAUGCCGCCGAGAAAAAGCAACUGUCGAUCCAGGAGACGAGGAAGAGCUUGCCGAUCUACCAGUACAGGGACGAGUUCUUGGCUGCGAUCAAGGAGUAUCAGAUUAUCGUGCUUGUCGGAGAGACGGGUAGUGGCAAAACGACGCAGCUGCCCCAAUACCUACACGAAGCAGGGUUCACGAAGGGCGGGCUGAAGGUCGGAUGCACACAGCCCAGACGUGUCGCCGCCAUGAGUGUUGCUGCUCGUGUUGCCGAUGAAAUGGGUGUCAAAGUUGGAAACGAGGUUGGAUAUUCUAUCCGAUUCGAGGACAACACCAGCGACAAGACCAUCCUUAAGUACAUGACCGACGGCAUGUUGCUUCGCGAGUUCAUGACGGAACCCGACCUCGCAGGCUACUCGGCCCUCAUGAUUGAUGAGGCUCACGAGCGGACUGUCCAUACCGACAUUCUCCUAGCGUUGGUAAAGGACCUGGCCAGGGAGAGGCCCGACCUGAAACUCCUGAUCUCCUCGGCGACAAUGAACGCCGAGAAAUUUGCUUCCUACUUUGACGACGCCCCCAUUUUCAACAUUCCUGGUCGACGGUAUCCUGUCGAUAUCUACUACACUCCCGCACCAGAAGCCAACUACCUGGCGGCAGCGAUCACCACAGUGUUCCAGAUCCACACGACGCAGGAGAAGGGUGAUAUUCUCAUCUUCCUUACUGGACAGGAUGAAAUCGAGGCUGCAGAGCUGCAGAUCACAGAGACGGCACGCAAACUCGGCAACCGCGUCAAGGAACUUGUGAUCUGUCCCAUCUAUGCCAAUCUCCCCUCUGAGUUACAGUCGAAGAUUUUUGAGCCCACGCCCGAAGGCGCCCGGAAGGUUGUUCUUGCGACAAACAUUGCCGAGACGAGUUUGACGAUCGACGGCAUUGUCUAUGUUAUCGACCCUGGCUAUGUAAAGGAGAAUGUCUACAAUCCAGCUACCGGUAUGUCAAACUUGGUUGUGGUACCGUGCUCGAGGGCUUCGGCAAAUCAGCGGAGUGGCCGUGCUGGACGUGUUGGCCCUGGAAAGUGCUUCCGUCUCUACACCAAGUACGCCUAUAUGAACGAAAUGGAGGAGUCGACGACGCCCGAGAUCCAGCGGACCAACCUCAACGGUGUCGUUCUGCAGCUCAAAUCUCUUGGUAUUAAUGACCUGCUGGAUUUCGAAUUCAUGGAUCCUCCCCCCACCGAGGCACUUAUUGGCGCACUAAACCAGUUGUUCGCACUGCAAGGCCUCAACCACAAGGGAGAGCUUACAAAGCUCGGGCGACAGAUGGCCGAGUUCCCGACCGACCCGAUGCUUGCCAAGGCAGUCAUCGCUGCCGGCAAGGAGGGCUGCACCGAGGAGAUCCUUUCCAUCGUGUCCAUGCUCGGCGAGGCGUCCGCGCUAUUCUUCCGGCCCAAAGACAAGAAGAUCCAUGCCGACAGCGCUCGCGCCCGGUUCACCGUCGCUGAGGGAGGUGACCACGUCACGCUGCUCAACAUCUGGAACCAGUGGGUCGACAGCGACUUCUCGCCCAUCUGGGCCAAGGAGAACUUUUUGCAGCAGCGGUCGCUCACGCGCGCGCGCGACGUCCGCGACCAGCUGGCCAAGCUGUGCGAGCGCGUCGAGGUGACACUGUCGACGUGCGGCGCCAACAACCUGGUGCCCAUCAAGCGCGCGAUCACGGCCGGCUUCUUCCCCAACGCGGCGCGGCUGCAGCGCGGGGGCGACAGCUACCGCACGGUCAAGAACAACACAACCGUGUACGUGCACCCGAGCUCGGUGUGCAUGAGCUCGGACCCACCGCCCAAGAUGGUCAUCUACUACGAGCUGGUGCAGACGACCAAGGAGUACAUGCGGUCGUGCAUACCCAUCGAGCCCAAGUGGCUGUCGGAGCUGGCGCCGCACUUCCACAAGAAGAAGGACGUCGAGGCGCUGGAGGAGAAGAAGAUGCCCAAGGACCGGAGGAGGUGA